AUUUAUUUAGUUUGGUGUAGUUUAUUUGUAAAUUUUUGCCUUUUUAUUAGUAUUACGCAGUCGUCCUAUAAAGUCACCUUGACCAUUGUUCACUGUAGAGUUACCUGUGUGUUCACUGAUGUGUGACUUUAGCGAGAGUGUUUAAAUGGAAUUCGUCUUUUUCUAUAGUACAGUUUUUGCUAUUGCUGUAUAAAGAAACGGUGAUUUAAAGGGCUAUUUUCUAUGCGUUAUUUUAUUUUACAAUUUAUUGUCACUUUUUCCACUUAACUACUUGGGCGGAAGUGCGUCACCGGAAGUCUCAGACGCCAUAUUGUUUACUGUAAACAAAUAACUUAGUUACCAUAUACUUACAAUAUUUUGAGAUGUUGCCUUUAAUAUAAUACUAUUUAUACAUUAUCAUAGUUUGAUACUAUCAGUGAGAUACUUAUAUGAUGUAUUAUACAAUAUUGUUUUUAUUAUGGUGUUAUGGUGUCACUUGUACACUUAUUGUAGUGUCAUAUUGUUGAUGUUGAGAAGAUGAUGAUGUUAUGGUGAAGUCGAUGACGAUGCGAUGUUCAUGUUGAUGACGACGACGAUGAUGAUGGUCAUGUCGAUGAAGAUGAUGUUAUGAUGUCGAUGACUACGAUGAUGAUGAUGGUCAUGUCGAUGAUGAUGGUGUAGAUGAUGUCGUUCAUGGUGAAGUCGAUGACGAUGCGAUGUUCAUGUUGAUGACGACGAUGAUGUUAUGGUGAUGACGAUGAUGUCUUUUGUGAUUAUGGUGUUGUAGGCGAUGGUGUUGACGAUAGUGUCGAUGAUUAUGAUGGCGAUGGUGAUGAUGAUGAUUGUGGUGACGAAACUACUCUAGUUGUGGUUGUCCGUAGUUGGUCCAGGACUACAGCCCCGGAGAUUCGGACACUCUUCUAAUUUAUUUUUGGUCAUUUGUAUAAACAUCAUAUUUUUUCUUGUUGAGUGAAAGUUGUGUGAGUGUUUGUGUGGUUUAGUGUUUAUAUUUCUAUCUUUUCUUUCUUUCUCUUAUUUUUUUUGUUAUUAAAUUUUGUUAAAUUUAAGAUGUCUUGUUGUUGUUUGGAGUAGCCUCCGCUCAUCCCGUUACAAUUGGUGGCAGCGGUGGGAUGAGUUGACUCCUCCAGAUACUACAAGAUAUCUUUAUAAGUGAACAGUUGCCAAGGUUUAUUUUAUUUUUCAUUUUUUGAUCUCUUUUGUAGUACAUGUAAGAGCAAGUGUAGGUCGUUGUUUCCUUUUCCCUUGGUGAGUACAUUACGUUAGGCAGAUUGUAUUGUUAAAAGUUGAGAAGUUAGUCCCUUUAUGAGAUAAUUUUGAGGUAAGUUGGUCUGUCAGUCAAUGCACCAUGUCUACUGUCAAGGAGAUGCUGGAGCUACUUGAAGUGGGGACCAAGAUGGGGAUGAAGGAUGAAGACCUUCAACAAUUCGUGAAGGACGAACAGGCCAGAAUGCGGGACGAACGUGAGAAACAUAGAGUCGAGAGACAGGAGGAGAGAGACCAGGAGGAGAGAGACCGCGACUUCAAACUACAGAUGGAGAAAGAGCGCGCCGCAAGAGAACAUGAUGAGCGAGAGCACGCCCGAUUGAUAGAAGAAAAGAGACAUCAGCAAAAACUAGAAGAACUGGAACUUGAUCACAAACUGCAACUCGAGAGAUCUCACAUGAAGCCGAGUGUUGUGACUAAAGAGGAGAAAGAAACUUCUCAAGUGAUAAAAGGACCAAAACUUCCUCCGUUUGAGGAUUCGAAAGACAACAUUGACGCGUACAUUCAAAGAUUUGAGAUAUACGCAACAACGCAGAAAUGGAAUAAAGACACGUGGGGGACUCAUCUUAGCGCAUUACUCAAAGGAAAGGCACUGGAUGUGUUCGCAAGACUCUCACCCGAAACAGCACUUGAUUUCAACGAGUUGAAGAACGCCCUGUUGAAACGAUUUGACAUGACGGAGGACGGUUUCCGCAAGAAGUUCCGAUUUUCAAAACCAGACGGAAGUGAAACUUUUAUGCAAUUUUCUACCAGACUGGACAGUUACCUUGAGCGGUGGAUUCAGCUGUCUAAGACUAACAAGACAUUCGAUGAUCUGAAGGACUUGUUCUUACGUGAACAGUUUUUAUUGUGUUGCUCGAAAGAACUUGCCUUAUUCCUAAAGGAGAGGAUUCCUACUUCGAUCCAAGACAUGGCGCGAUACGCGGACCAGUUUGCUGAGGCCAGAACAGUGACAUCCUCUUCACUUACGCAAAAACCGCUCUUUGACAGACGACAGCAGUCCGAUAGACAACCGCCGUACAAAGAUUCCGUGCAACAAAACCAAUCUGGAAAUGCAGUGAAGUGUUAUGAGUGCGGACGACAAGGACAUAAAGCCUUUAACUGCAACUUCCGCAAAAGUCCGAAUAACAGGCCGUUUAAUUCGAGCGAGAAACAAGAAACAACACCGAAACAUACUUACCCUAGUGAUUUUCAACGUGGGUCGUACAAUAAUGGGAACCAUGGAUAUCCAGGACGCGGUAGAGGUCGCCAAGGAGCCGCGAGUGUCGUCGAGAAACAUGGAAACUUACCGUGUGUUGGUGAUUCGGUUGCUUUCUGUGAAACGGAAAUGCCAGUUGUGAAAGGAUGUGUUGGCAAUAAACUAGUGACUGUGCUAAAAGACACAGGUUGUAGUGGUGCCGUUAUUCGUAGAGAACUGGUAAACGAUGAUCAACUAACAGGGACAUCUAAACGAUGCAAGUUAGCAGACGGUCGUAUUAUUGAUUCAGAUGUGGCUAGAAUUGAUGUCGAUACUCCUUACUUUACCGGAAGUGUUGAUGCUUGGUGCUUUGAUUCGCCUUCGUACGAUCUUAUUCUUGGUAAUAUUCGUGGAGUAAGGAAACCACAUGAACCAAAUCCAGCCUGGAUUCAUUCCGUUGAAAACAUAGCAGCUGUUGAAACGCGUGCGCAACUGAAAAAGAAACAGUCUCCAUACAAACCAUUGAAAGUACCGGAAGCAAUACGGGAUGUAUCGCCGGAGGAUAUCUUACAAGAACAACGAAACGACGAGACACUGAAAAAGUUAUGGAGCUUAGCUAAGAGUGGACAGCUUAAACAUUUCAGUGACGACGGAUUUUCAAAAAUGUGUGAACGGAAGCAAAUGUUGUUCAGAGAAUUUUGCAGUCCGAAAGUGUCCAGUGGAAAACUUUUCCGACAGUUAAUCGUUCCCCGGAAAUACAGAACUAUCGUUAUGAAGAUAGCACAUGAAACGCUGAUGGGUGGUCAUCUGGGAUCAAAGAAAACAACCGACAGAGUAGUGUCCGAAUUUUACUGGCCAGGAAUUCAGUCAGACAUUAGACGGUUUUGCAGAUCAUGUGACGUGUGUCAGCGGACUAUUCCAAAAGGAAAAGAACCUGCAGUACCGUUAGGACAAAUGCCGCUAAUUACAGAAGCGUUUCAACGAGUAGCAGUUGAUCUUAUAGGCCCUCUGCAACCAGUUACCGACAAAGGGAAUCGUUACAUUCUUACGCUUGUCGAUUACGCAACCCGUUAUCCCGAGGCUAUUCCACUUCCUGGAAUUGAGACAGAGCGAGUAGCGGAGGCACUGGUAGACAUCUUUAGUAGAUUAGGAGUUCCGAUCGAGAUGCUAACAGAUCAAGGAUCGCAAUUCACAUCGGACGUAAUGAAAGAAGUGAGCCGUCUGUUGUCAUUUAAACGGAUUACUACUACUCCGUAUCACCCCAUGUGUAAUGGACUCGUCGAGAAGUUCAAUGGUACGUUGAAACAGAUGCUAAAGAGGAUGUGUGCUGAGCGACCAAGAGACUGGGAUAAGUACAUCAACCCAUUACUCUUUGCAUACCGUGAAGUACCACAGGAGAGCCUUGGUUUUUCGCCGUUUGAUCUUCUCUAUGGACGUACUGUUCGUGGUCCGAUGACAAUUCUUAAAGAACUUUGGACAAAGGAAAUUCCUGACGAGGACGUUAAGACAACGUAUCAAUACGUACUUGACUUACGCACACGAUUGGAAGAAACAUGUGACAUAGCUCGCCAAAACUUGGAGAAAGCUUCAAAACGUCAGCGCAAGUACUACAACAGGAAAACGCAAGGUCGUCAGAUGAAAGAGGGAGACACAGUACUGGUUCUUCUACCGACAAAGUCAAACAAACUCCUCAUGCAAUGGAAGGGACCUUAUAGUGUAAUACAGAAGAUAGGACAUAUGGACUACAAGAUCGAUAUGGGAGGCAAGCUGAAAACUUUCCACGCAAAUCUUCUUAAGAAGUAUGUUGAACGAGAUACAUUGAACUGUGGUGUUUUGUCAACAUGUGCAAUUUCACUCAUAGACUUUAGUGACCUAGAUGAUGAUGAACAACAGGACUCUAUUCUUAUGCCACCUGUUACUCAAACCGAAACAGCAAAGGACAUAAAGUUUGCAGACAGACUAACACCAGAUCAGUUGGAAACUGCUAAAUCACUGUGUGAUUCGUUCUCAGAUGUAUUUACGGAUAUACCUGGAAUGACGAACUUAGUGGAGCAUAAGAUUGUUGUGACAUCGUCUGAACCUGUGCGUGUGAAACCAUAUCCAAUUCCGUUCAGUACAGAGAAAACAAUUACAGAAGAAGUUCAGAAAAUGCUACAGUUGAAUGUGAUUGAGCCAUCAUCUUCCCCUUAUUCAGCUCCAGUUGUCAUAGCUCGGAAGAAAGAUGGAACGAAUCGAUUUUGCAUUGAUUAUAGACGACUGAACUGUGCUACGGUAUUUGAUGCAGAACCAAUGCCCAGUCCAGAAAGCAUAUUUUCCAAAAUGACCGGAAAGAAGUUUGUGUCAAAGAUAGACUUAAGCAAAGGAUACUGGCAAGUACCGAUGGCUGACGAGAGUAAGCCGCUUACAGCCUUUUCCACACCAUCCGGAUUGUACCAAUUUAGGACAAUGCCGUUUGGUCUUGUAAACGCGCCGGCAACAUUUAGUCGUAUGAUGAGAAAACUACUUCAAGGUAUGAACGGCGUAGAAAACUUUAUCGAUGAUGUCAUUGUUUUUACAGAUACCUUUGAAGAACAUCUACACAUACUGAAGACUGUGUUCGAACGACUCAGAGAUGCGGGAUUUGCGGCCAGACCGACAAAAUGUUUCAUCGGAUUUGACAAGAUUGACUGUUUGGGACAUAUGGUGGGCAACAAGUGUCUAGAACCAGAACAAGACAAGAUUGAUGCAGUCAGAAAUGCGCCAAUACCACAAACCAAGAAACAGGUUCGUGCCUUCCUAGGCUUAGCAGGAUUCUACAGAAAGUUUAUUCCGAAUUUCUCUGCGAUAGCCAUUCCACUUUCCGAUCUUACGAAGAAGGGCCAACCAAAUAAAGUUAUUUGGACUGAAAGUCAGCAACGAGCUUUUGAUACAUUGAAACACAUGUUAUCAGAAAGGCCAAUAUUGAAGUUGCCAGAAUUUAAUGAAACCUUCAUUUUACGCACGGACGCUGCAGAUGAUGGGAUAGGUGCUGUGCUGUUACAGAUGGAGGAUGACGAGAAACUACCCGUAGCGUACGCCAGUAGAAAACUUCAACCAAGAGAAAAGGCAUACGCUGUUAUCGAGAAGGAGUGUUUGGCGGUAGUGUGGGGAAUACAGAAGUUCCACCAGUACCUUUAUGGACGCGAGUUUCUACUUGAAACUGAUCACCAACCCCUGACCUACCUUAACAAAGCAAAGACAGAGAACUCCAGACUGAUGCGUUGGGCUUUGCAGCUUCAGCCAUACCGCUUUAGGAUCAUUGCGAUCAAAGGAAGCGACAAUGUGGGUGCGGAUUACCUGAGUCGUCAGUGAGAUGUAUAGUAGACAGUACAGGUAUGUGUAUAGGUUUUAUUGUAAAUACGUGAGAAUUUUCAAAAUUCAGUGAUUGUUUAUUUGAAAUUGCAGGACAAUUUUUUAAGGGGGGAGGUGUGUGACAAUCACUGUUCAUAUCGAACACACCCGAUUUUAUUUUUCCCAUAAUUCUUUGCAACGUGCUUGGCCGACGCUAACAAUAGGCGCUAAGUUAUACCCGGCCGAGCUGUCCAGCAAUAAAGACGUGCUUAGUGUGUGAAGGGGGUAUCGUGUUAGAAGCCUGUGUGGCAUGUUUUAGUUUCACAAGUUCAGCAUUUGACGCGGACACGGAUAGCUGACCGUGUGUCAUAUUGUUGAUGUUGAGAAGAUGAUGAUGUUAUGGUGAAGUCGAUGACGAUGCGAUGUUCAUGUUGAUGACGACGACGAUGAUGAUGGUCAUGUCGAUGAAGAUGAUGUUAUGAUGUCGAUGACUACGAUGAUGAUGAUGGUCAUGUCGAUGAUGAUGGUGUAGAUGAUGUCGUUCAUGGUGAAGUCGAUGACGAUGCGAUGUUCAUGUUGAUGACGACGAUGAUGUUAUGGUGAUGACGAUGAUGUCUUUUGUGAUUAUGGUGUUGUAGGCGAUGGUGUUGACGAUAGUGUCGAUGAUUAUGAUGGCGAUGGUGAUGAUGAUGAUUGUGGUGACGAAACUACUCUAGUUGUGGUUGUCCGUAGUUGGUCCAGGACUACAGCCCCGGAGAUUCGGACACUCUUCUAAUUUAUUUUUGGUCAUUUGUAUAAACAUCAUAUUUUUUCUUGUUGAGUGAAAGUUGUGUGAGUGUUUGUGUGGUUUAGUGUUUAUAUUUCUAUCUUUUCUUUCUUUCUCUUAUUUUUUUUGUUAUUAAAUUUUGUUAAAUUUAA